AUGGCUCAUGAUUCACUGCGAGAGGACCUCAAGAUCAAUUGGAAUUUUGAGUAUACCACAAGGAAGCCUGACGACAGAUACAAAGCCGAAGAUAGAAAGCUAGCCAACCCGCCGACAAGUUCAGACAACCUUAUAAAAGCCCUGUCGGAGGCAGACGCCUCUGGACUUCGACCAAACUACUACUCGUUCAGCGUCCUGACCAAAUUCCUGGGCAGUGCCCACAUUGAUACUUUACUCAGGCCGCCAGGGAAUGCGGCUUCGAGAGCCAAGCUCGCAUUCAUUGAUGACCGGCGCGAUAGCGAUUCAGUGGGUGGUGCUAUCCGCAAUGUGCGCUCUACAGAUCAUCAAGCCAUCCCGCAGCCAGGAACAUUGCCAUGGAUGGCUGCCGUGGACGCAUGUGGGCUCUACAACCGGCUGAGGCUACCGAGAGCAGGCAGCAAUGCGGAACGGCGUAUCAUAUACGUCCAGAAUCUUGGCGCGUUAUAUGCUGCUGUUCUACUCUCAAUGGCACCGAACCGCUUUGCUUUGGAUAUUCGAGAUUGCCUUCAGCGAUACCUGACCCAUCGUGCCCUUUUCAGAAUAUCUCCCCAAUCUUUUGGCUUCGUGCUCGAGUUUCAUCUGCCAUACCUCGCUUUGCGACCCGCGGGCAAUCGAAAGGAUGACCGGGACCGCAGGCGACGGCACAAGCUUCCCACUCGUGACGAAGCCAGGAUGCGGGGAGCCGCUCAAAGAUGGGAAUACCACGAGGCUCAGAUCUCCUUACUUUUGGUCGGUCCCGACGAAUGGUUCUGGACAGCUUACUGCUUAGUUGACACCUUCUUCGGGAGCGAGAAGUCUGUUGUGGAUUAUCUCGGGUCAGAUCCGCCGCUCGAUCCAUCAGGCGGCGGUACGAUUUUCGUGAACGAGCCGAUCUGGAGUCCGCGAGAGUACUUCCUUAAGAUUCUCUCAGCGAGGUUGGAGCAAGUCAGUCAAGAAUGGUCUGAUUUGGGAGCUGCAAUAGAUGCUCAACUGGUGGAUUAUGAAGAAGCGUACAACUCGAAUCUGGAAGCCGGAAAGUUCAUUGAUGAUCCUAAGAACAGCAGUGUGAAGCUGUUCAUGCAUGUGGUAUCAGUGCUUCGCCAUUUUCGCGAGGUACUCGGCCACACCUUGUACGCGUGGGACGCGUUUCUGGCUUCGGAUUCCCAUUGCUUGAUCCAUAGUGACGAAACGACAGAUCAGAAAUGGCGUGUAUCUUUGAGCGCCUGCAAAGCCGCGGUCUUCGAGAUGCAGUUUCUCGACCGGGUGCUGAGUCGGAAAAUUGAGCUGUUCAACGGAAUGAAAGACGACGUAUGUGACACAAGCCUCGGUCCAGCUUUCAAAAUCACGCCGCUGAACCUAGCCAAGCUCAUAAAUGCGUCGGUGCUCGAGGAAAAUCGAGUAGCAUCCGGGCAAGGGAGGGAUGUAUCAAUCUUGACGCAAACCACAGUGGUAAGGAUGCAACCAUUUUGGUAUACUGGCUGA